AUGAUUGACAAUGUACGCUUGCAAUACGCCUCAUGGAUAGAGAUCAGUACGCUGGGCUGCUUAAGCUGCACGGCGUAUUUUGAAGCGUCUAUGAAGCUACGCCUCCGUGGACAGUGCGCCUUAGUCUAUCAAGGUGAAAAAACAUUUGAAGAUUAUGUCUAUCAAGGAUUUUCGCUUUGUGAAGCAGCUAUUCUUAGAUUGAGUGAAUCGUUGGUUCCCGGUCAUUACCUGUACUUUGACAGAUAUUUUUCCACAACAAAGCUUUUGAAUGAACUACACUUGAGAGGAUUCAAUAGCACUGGGUCAAUAAUGAAAAAUAGGGUACCUAAAGGAUGUACUCUGUCCGACGACAAAGAUUUUAUUAAAAAACCCAGGGGCACCACUGAGGUUAAAUGUAGAGCUGAUGGAAAAUUAGCCAUCACGAAAUGGCUUGAUAACAAGCCAGUUCUUAUGAUAUCGUCUUGUUUUUUGGAUACUGCGUGUGUCACCUGUUCUAGGUGGAAUAAACGAAUCAAACAAUAUCAGAAUAUCAGAAGACCUGAAGUCAUUAAAAAUUAUAAUUCUAACAUGGGCGGUGUUGAUCUCACCGACAGGUUACUUGCUGUUUGUCCAGCGAGAAGUCGAACAAAAAAAUGGACCAUACGGUUAAUAUUUCACAUGUUAGAUUUAGCCAUCUCUAAUUCCUGGCUGUUGUACCGCGACCGUCAACGUACAAAAGGCAUUCUGAGCCAAAAGAUUGAGCAGUUUAAAGAAUAUAAACUCAACUUAGGAGAAAAAUUAAUUACAAAAAACUGUCCCCCAUUACUAACAGAAGAAGUAGAUAGCAGUUUAGAAAACUAUUUAGCACCAGCACAUAAGAAACGCCGAGUUGAUAUAAAACCUCUGCCUGCUAAAAAGAACAGGGAAGCAUUGCAUUUGCCAGAGUACACAGAUUCUCAAAUGCGCUGCCGAAAAGAGGGUUGCAAAAUGAAAAGCACAGUUAAAUGUAUUUGUAGUGACAUAUAUUUGUGCCUCGUUAAGGGCCGAAACUGCUUUGCAGAAUUUUAUAAUUAG